UUGGCUCUCGGGAUGGGUUAUCGUGAACCAAUGCGGGCAGAAGCUUGAUGUACCGGCGGAACACUCUCUUGGCUUUUGCAGUAGAGCUGGACCUCGAAGGGGGCGUGCCGCAGCAAACGACUGUUCAUCCGCGGGUUUUUAGUUAUGGAGAUCGUCACGUUUUUAAAUGAAGUUUAAAAGCACGUAGGAAAAACCUCUACUUGUUCAAACUAUAGCAGAACAAACGCUCUGUCGUUUGGGAAACAAACCGCGAGUUUCAAUGAAUUGCACCAGGGUUCUGCAGAUACUGAACCCCAGGCCAAUGCCAAGUCCAAUUAUGCCUGUGGAUGUGGCAAUGAGAAUCUGUCUGGCACACUCACCACCUCUUCGCAGUUUCCUCAGUUCAUAUGAGGACUGCAAGUCCAGGAACCUAGUCAACCAAUACAAACCUCUGCGAUCCUGCAUCAGCUCCAAGACCGAUGUGGACACUGCCAACCUAGGAUGGAAGAGUCCCGAGACCAAAGCUAAAAAGAAAGUGGUGUUUGCUGACUCCAAAGGCAUGUCUCUGACAGCAGUCCAUGUGUUUAAGGAAUUCGAGGAAGACACCAUGUUAGACCUGCAGUUUGAAUUAUCAGACCUGGAGGAUGCCAUUGUGGGCCUAAAAGCGGAGAAGGAGAAGAAUUUAAUUUUGGACUUUCCUCAACCUGCUGCAGACUAUUUGGACUUCCGAAACCGUCUAAAGAAGAACCUGGUAUGCUUAGAAAACUGUAUAAUUCAAGAGAGAUCGCUCACUGGCACGGUCAAAGUGAGCAAUGUAAGCUUCGAGAAGGUCGUCCAUGUGCGAAUAACAUUUGAUUCAUGGAAAAGCCAUGCUGACAUUCCUUGUACGUACAUGAAUAAUGUUUAUGGAUGUGAGGAUGUUGACACCUUCUCAUUUUCCAUCGACCUUCCAAGUUCUGUGGCCCCACAUGAGCUGGUGGAGUUCUGCAUAUCCUACAAAACCCAUGAAACGACAUACUGGGACAAUAAUGAUGGGAAAAAUUACAAGCUGUUACAUACAGAGAACGACCCCAGCCAGGCCAAUGUCACCCAGACGAUGACAGCAGAUUUUAAGAAUCAAGGCAAACGGCCUGAGAUGGAGUUUGAUCAGUUCGGGAGCCCGAGAACAUCUAGUGGAUUCUUCCCCGAGUGGCAAAGCUGGGGUCAUAUUGAGAACAACACCCCCUACUGGUGACAGUUCAAGACCCUCUGAUGAAUUUGAAGUAACUCUUUUAACAAGGACAAAUGCAAAUGAAGCGCUUGGUUCGUUUCAGAAAUGACUUCUGAAAAGUCUGAAGAGUAGAAAUUAGCAAUGACGCCCUCAAAAGAAAACCCUUUUUGGCCAUGGUUGUCCAAAUAAAUUUAUUGUUGGUGUAUGUUUUUUAGAUACACGUUUCGUUUAUCUUAAAAUGAGAUGUUUGGGCUCUGAAAUUAUGCAAAUUUGAGACUAACCAUGUUAACCAUAUGGCAGUUACUCAGAAUGAAAAAUGUUGGUUUAUGUUAUUUUUCGAAUUUUUUAGCACACUAUGUACGCUAUUUUUUAGAUGUGACAUGAGGUAAACCAAUAAUUUUCAUAACAUAGAUGCCUUUUUUUGUGUUGUUCUGUGAUUAACUGUAAUACAAUGCCAUAAUUUCGGAUAUCUUUCCAUAUGUCCUUGUAUAAAGUGAACAACUAGCACUUGCUCCAAAAUAGAUUCUUCAGUACACUAUUUUGUUACCUUGAAGGGCAAUAAUUUUGUUGUUACCCAUCUGAAGUCACUGAAUUUUGGGAAUCCUGCUUUUGAAAUGCAACUGGACAUUAAUAUAUAAUAAUCUAAGUCAUCCCUAAAAGGAUGGUUCAACCAAAAUUGGAAGUUCUGUCAUUUACUCAACUCAACACAAAAGAAGAUAAAAUAUAAAAAGUAAAUAGGGUCGAAUAUUGUUUUCGACCCCACUGACUCUCUUUGUCAUUGUAUGGACAAAAAAAGUUCUUAAAAAUAUCUUCUUUUGUGUUCCACUGAAGAAAAAAGUUGUAAAUAUUUAAACGACAUAAGUCUGAGUAAAUGAUGACAGAAUUUUCAAUUUUGGGUGAACUGUCCCUUUAAGAGCAGCACUGCAUAAAACAAGUAAUCCUCAGAUUAUGGAUGUGGAAUAAUCUGGUACAAUAUGAGAUUGCUUCAUAUUGAAGUUUGUGUAUCUCAUUUGAUAGUACCAGUUUAUCUGUCACUUUCUAGUGAAUGCACUAAGCAUGACGCAUUAUAAGGGAGUCCAUGAGAGAUAAUGAUGCCCAUUAAGUGCUAAAUUCCUGCUUUUGCACUUCCGAUUUUUCCUAUGUCUGUUCUACUUUUGUAAAGAUGCACUCUUGAUGUAUUUUACACUUCUUUCCUACAACAUUUUUGCUGCUAUGGUUUUUGUGUGUGCCUGUGUGUGCUGCAUUGUGAUUUAUGACCCAUGGUGUGUGGAAACUCUCCAGUGUUAUUUGGAGGAUGGAAGAUGAGGGACUUUGGAUGUAACUUUAAGGAGGUCAUAGUAUGUGAGGAAGAGUGGCUAAGGAGAAUGAUAAUAUUGAAUAAGAUUGUUGCCUUUUUCAUGAUUGUUUUCCCCCCUUCCGCUGAAAUAGAAAAACAGGUUGAGGUUGAUGCCUUGAACAAAGGUGAUCGUGGACUGUGAUGAACUGUGAGCUGCUGUAAUUGCGGAGAGGGAUCAUGUAGGUUGAAUGUAAAAAGGGGCCUACACAAGCCACAGUGUAUGCCUACAUAUUUUUCUACUGCAAAGAAAGAUGUUUGUUUGAAAGACUGUUGUACUAUACUCUGUGUUACUGUUAGAAAUAAAACCUAAUGUUUCUAUGAAAA